GCCGCAGCCGCAGUCAGAAUUGAUUUGUAUCACGGCCUUUUUCUACCCUCCUCUUCUCCCUCUUUUCUCUUCCUCCUCUACAACAAACCACACCACCAAACCAACCGCAGUCCAAUUGCACCAGCCUACCGAAGUUCCAGUAUACACGCACACUUAUUAUCGUUCGAGGAUUGUGUUUGCUCAUGGCCUUCGCUGCAUUCUAGACGGCUCGGGAGACCCCCUCCUCGGGGGGUCUCUCGUGCUUCUCUCUGCAGCCCAAGCAAAUCCUCGAUUCGAUAUCUACUCUUUCGAGGCUCUACCGCAUAGGAGCUCCUCAUUACUGACCUCGGAAUUGCUCCUGUAUACAAACCAAGCAAGCACCUGUCCGUCCUCGGCGACUGGAGGUGCUGUGGACGACUUUCCCCCCUCUAGGCUGAUUAUCCGCCCCUCCUCCCAAAUCACUCUUUUCAUACGACACAUCCUACGUCCACCACUCAAUCGACUCUUCCAAUAUAAUCUUGUAUUGCAACCACAAUGUCCCGACUCUACACACGCAACUCUCGGGGGCGACAACCCAUGUUAGGGUCUGCCCCGAAAUUCUCCAAAACCAAAGAACACCCCAAUGAUACAUAUCAAUUGCCCAACGGCAAGAACAAAAAGACAUAUCGUCAACAACGGCCAAUCAACAACAGAGCCGCUGCUGCGAAACGUAGAAGAGCCGACAGUACCUCGUCCUCGGAGCUUUCCUCCUUGGAAUCGGAUACAGCAGACGAUGCUUCAGGAGAGGAUAGCGACGAAGACUCAGAUGAUGAGGACGACGACCUGCCAGCAGUCCCCGCCCCGUCUCGUUCUCGAUCCUUGAACGGGACGGGGCGCAGUAUUCGAUCCAUGUCCAGGAGUGGGUUCUCGAUAGCUGGUAGUACGGACAGCAUGUUUGGUGAUUUCGGAGCUCUGUAUCAGGAGGAGGGUGAUGACCCGAAUGUCUCUCCGGAAGAGAACAGGAAACGUUUUGAGACUCAUAUCUUUGCCGAGUCUGACGAUGACAAUGAUGAAGUUUAUCAAGCAGUUGACGAUAUUAGCGAUUCGGAAGAUGAGUUGGAUGUCCGUCGCAUUGAGGAACAAGAAAUCCUCGCCAUGUUGUCGGAAGAAGAAAAUACCGACGCGGACUUAUUGCUUAACCAGAUUGACGGGCUUUCUGCCUAUGGUUUCGGCGAUGACAGUGAUGCCAGCGGCGGCAGCAUUUACCGCUUCCCGUCUUCGCAGGGUAGUGACAGCGGGGUUGACGCUGCAACUGAAAGACGUGUUCAUUUUGCCAUGGACAAUGACCGCUCUGUGUUCUUGCGUAUGUCAGAGUCGCCAACCAUGACCCGUGGGUUGCUUCCUUCGGCGCUUCAGGAGGCUGCGUUGGCCAAUUCUCUGGCUGAACGACGUUCUACAGGGCUGGUCGAUGAUCUUGACGAUUCUGAUCUUACCGAUGAUUGUUUGCCUGAAGGAGCCCUCGAAACCACUCCGACUGCCCGACCGGCCCAAAGGGAGCCGUCACCGUCGGUCAGCCCACCGUCGAAGAAAUCUCCUCACCGCCGAGGCCCGCCUCGUGGCAUCUUCAUUGACGAGGGGACCAAGACCUCUGGUAUUCUAGAUCCCUCGGGCAAGUUCAUCCUCAUGACAAACCCUCAUCUACUCGGGGAAGAGUUCGCUCGUCGUUACGGAACGUCCCAGGCGUCCAGUCCUGAAGCAGGCUUUGCCGAGCUCAUUGAAGAGAGCGACGCGGGUGACCCGGAAUCUGUCGAUCUCAUCCGCCUGCCGAGCGCAGAUAUUAUGCUCACCAGUCUCAACUCGGCCAUCAGCGAUCCUGCCAAUCUUGGCCAGGCCAUUGGUCCAUUGGAGGCGUUCUAUCCUUCGAGCACAUUUCUGUUUGGAGAUUUUGCAAUUGAUCCUGAUGAGCUGGAGGAGAAUUUCCGUCCGGUUGACGAUACAGGCGAAGCUGUUAUCAACCUCACGGAUGUGAUCAAAUUCGAUGAGGACACUGACGAUAGUGAAGGCCCCACCUCGCCUUUCUUCAUGCCACCCAGCCGCGAACUUUCGGGCCUGGGCAACGUGAACAAUGAGUUUGCCUAUCUCAACAACAACAAUGUGACGGCGUUCCGACGCAAUGCCGACCCUACGUUCGCCGCCCUCAACAACACCCCGUCAUUCCGGGAAAUGGAACUCGUCAGUUCGCCGUUUGCAACGCCAACACCUCGACGCAAACGCAAACCGCAUGCGUCUCCAUAUACAUCUUCACAUUACAAAGGUGUGACUCCUGUGCAGCGGAUGCGGGCCCCUAAUCAUCCCCUUCCUUCGACUCCUGAAGCCUCAACGCCUGCGAAGAGGCGCAGAAUCAUGACUUGACGAGAAACGACGACAUGAAGGGAUGUAUUUAGUCAUGUUCGUUGACAGGCUGUUAACCUUCGGGUUAGGCCUUGUAAGUUUGUUGGACCAACACAGCUGGUGUUGGCACAGAUGGAAUUUUCUGUUUUCUUUUUUUUCCGCACGUGAUCGAUUUGGAAUUCUUUCUGAUACAGGAAAAGAAAAAAUGUGGCAUUCAGAAAGAAAAUACAAUGGAGAGUACCAGUGAUCUGCAAUGGGUGUGAUGUGUGUACUUUUUCUACUGGCCCGUGGGAGAAGCGCGGCUCCCAGGAUGUGUUGUGGGGUUCGAUGAUAUGCCACGAGUUCAUGUAGGACUUGAGGUUGUAGAUGACCGAUCAAUGAAAUGAUUUAGAACGA